UAUUAGAUACAUUUGUUAACAUAAUUUGCGCUCUGUUAUACACACAUCUCCACGUAAAAUUUCUGAUGCAAGCGGAUAUGACCGGUAGUAGUGAGUGGGUGGGGUAAUUUUAAUCAGUUGACAUAAAUAUUCCGCUAUUCCAACCAUUUAUCUUGAGUUUGGCUGUAUAUAUACCAAACAUUUCUGCUCGUAUACAAUGUGUAACACAGACUACAUCCUGAAUACAAAUCUGUCUGUUGUUUUUAUAGUACAACCAGGGCUCGAAUUAAGCACUCGCAAACAGGCCAUUUGCGAGUACAUUUUAAAAAACACGUCUAAAAUGCGAGUGCAACAUUUAGAUACUCGCCAUUUUUUGCGAGUUGGGGAAAAAACAAACAAGGUGCUUAAAGAUCUUGGAUUAAAUACAAGAUUUGUUCGCCGAUCGAAAGUCUUCCGACCAAGUACGAAAAUAAUUAAACCCCGUCUAGUUUCGAUCUAAAAAUAGAUCUGAAAAUUGGAAUUACCCUAAUUUGCAUAAUGUAUUUCAGCGGUUACUUCCGUUCUAGCAGAAAUAAUUUUACGAAAUAUUUUUUAAAAUAUAUUUACGCUCUGCACUGUAUCUUUCUGCCGAUAUAGUUAGUAAAGAACAUUGAAAAUUAUAUUAUUGCAAUUGAAAGUAUGUUAUUCCCUUCUUAAGUGAAAAUUGGCGAUAGUUAUUCAGUAUGAAGUUUUUUUUAAAACGAAGCUCAUUUCGUUAAUUCCUCAUUCUUAUAAAUAGACGGAACACGUUUAGCAGACGAUUUAAAAACUCAAAAAUGUCGUCUACUAAAAAAAUAACUAGCUUUUUUGUGGCGAAUUCCUCCGUCUCCUCUGUGGAAGACAAAAAAGCCGAGGCCGAACCAGAUAAAAAGAAAUGCCAAAACAGUUAAGAAAUGGGAAGACGAGCUAAAAAUAACUUUGAACACGGAGAGAGACCAAGACGGCAAUGUGUGUAAGAUGUUCUGCGAUUCAUCUGAUUGGUCUCUACCCCCUCAGCAAUGCUGAGUGUGAAAGAUGCUUUUCUGUUAUGAAAAGGAUAAAAAGUGAUUGGCGAUGUUCACUAAGCACUGAAAGGAUGGACCAAUUAAUGCGAAUCUCUAUCAGAGAUAAUGAGGGGUUCCAGCCACGCAGAGCUGUGAAUAGGUGGUGGAUCAGUGGCAACAGUAGCAAAAGGCCAGAUGUCGCCCCAUAUGGACCGAGGCAUUAACUUUGGAUGAUAUAACUGAUAUAAAAAAAAAUACUCUUUACACUCAAUUGUGUUACAAUGUUGCUUUGAAGUUUUUAGUUAAAAUAAACAUAGGUCCAUCCUUUCAGUGCUUAGUGAACAUCGCCAAUCACUUUUUAUCAACCAAAGGAUGCAUUAUUAUGAAAACUUGUAUUGCGAGUUGGAAAUAAAAAAUGCGAGUUGAAAUAUUAACAACUAGCAAUUUUUUGCGAGUUGAAAAAAAAAAGUAAUUCAAGCCCUGACAACUACAAGAAGCAUUUUGAUGUCAGAGUCGUACUCACCGCAGGGCGCACAAGAUUUUUACUACGACUUCUGGGGUCAGGUCUCAGAGCCAGAGCCUGAGGCUGAACAGCCGGAUGCGGAGUAUAACGCUAGCCAGGAUUUGUUUGUGAGUCCAGUGAAAAAAGCAGGCUCUAGUGUUAGAAAACGUGACAGUCCAAGCAGUAGUCGAGUUAUUAAAAGAAAGGCGCCUAAACGUCGUAGAACUUCGUCCAUCAUUGUGCCAGGAUACAGUGAUUGGUACAAUAUCAAGUACUCCGGAGAUCCAGCCAUAUACACCUACCAGCUGUUAAAAGACUAUAGCCAGGGAGAUCUUGAAUUACUUGUUCAGUGAUUAAGGUGAUGAAUAUACUAUAGUAACACA